UUGUUGUGAGUCAAGAGUGAAGAAAAUAAUAACCAGAGAUGAAUCCAAAACAUCUUUGUCGAUAUUUUUCCUGUUGAUUUUUGUCUAAUCCACAAUACAAUCAUUGCCUUUUAUUUACGGAUAAACCUUUCUUGUUUACUUUUGCUGAUUUUUUUUUCUAGAGUAUCUCAGUUUAUGUGUUCACAAUGUGCAUUGUGAAUCUUGAAACAGGCAUUGAUGCCUUUCUCACCAAGCUUAUCUUGAAUCUAUAUAUAAAGCCAGCAGCAUCACCAAGCUCAUCUCAAGAGGCUAAGAGACCAAGUCACCUAUAGAAUGAUUUCUCUCACAUCACUUUGCUUCCUUUCUCUUUUCCUCUAUAUCUUGCCAUCUUUAACAUCUCCAACCUUACUAUUUCAGGGGUUCAACUGGGAGUCAUGUAACAAGGCAGGAGGAUGGUAUAACUCUCUCAAGAAUUCCAUCCCUGAUAUUGCUAAUGCUGGAGUUACUCAUGUCUGGCUUCCUCCACCCUCCCAGUCAGUUGGACCCCAAGGAUAUCUCCCAGGAAGACUUUAUGAUCUCGAUGCAUCAAAGUAUGGAUCUCAGGCUGGAUUGAAGUCGCUAAUUGAAGCUUUCCAUCAGAAGGGAAUCAAAUGUUUAGCUGACAUAGUAAUAAACCAUAGAACAGCCGAGAGGAAAGAUGGAAGAGGAAUAUAUUGCAUUUUUGAAGGUGGAACUCCAGAUGAUCGUUUGGAUUGGGGGCCAUCAUUCAUUUGUGGAAAUGAUAGGGAGUAUUCGGAUGGUACAGGCAAUCCUGACACUGGACUGGAUUAUCAACCUGCUCCUGACAUUGAUCAUCUCAAUCCAAGGGUGCAAAAUGAGUUAUCUGAUUGGAUGAAUUGGUUAAAGACUGAAAUUGGUUUUGAUGGAUGGAGAUUUGAUUUUGUAAGAGGUUAUGCCCCAAGCAUUACCAAAAUAUAUAUGGAACGAACUUCACCAGAUUUUGCAGUUGGGGAGAAGUGGGAAGAUUUUUCCCUGGGGCAGAAUCAAGAUUCGCAUCGUGGAGCUCUGAAAGAUUGGGUUCAAGCUGCUGGUGGGGUUGUCAAAGCAUUUGAUUUCACCACAAAAGGGGUUCUCAAUGCUGCAGUACAAGGGGAGUUGUGGCGGCUGAAGGAUUCCAAUGGGAAACCUCCUGGAAUGAUUGGACUUUUGCCUCGAAGUGCUGUUACUUUUAUUGAUAAUCAUGAUACAGGUUCUACUCAAAGGCUUUGGCCUUUCCCUUCUGAUAAAGUCAUGCAGGGAUAUGCUUAUAUUCUCACCCAUCCUGGCACCCCAUCAAUAUUCUAUGAUCACUUUGUUGAUUGGGGCUUGAAGGAUGAGAUUACUAAAUUGGCAACAAUAAGGAGCAAGAAUGGAAUUAGUGCCACGAGCACACUUAAUAUUCUAGCAUCAGAUUCUGAUCUCUAUGUUGCUGCAAUUGAUGGGAAAAUCAUUAUGAAGAUUGGCCCAAAGUUGGAUCUUGGGAACCUUGUACCUUCAAAUUACCAGCUUGUUACCUCAGGGAAAGACUACGCGGUAUGGGCAAAGAAUAGAGUACAGAGUAUGAGCUUGGGCAAUUCAGUUGGUCUCUUUUUCUUCCAUUCUUUACUAAAAUCACAGCUUCAAACCAAAACACUGAAAUCUCCGUUACUUAUCUUCCGCCAAUUACUACAAUCUGAUCUAAAGCCAUCUGAUCUCACUUUCUCUCUCCUUAUCAAAGCCUCAGCUUCAUCUUCCUCAAAUUCACUAAAACCUAAGCUGGAAGCCAAUCAAAUACAUACCCAUUUAUUUAAAUCCGGCAUUAUUCAACUUGUUUACAUUAAAACUGCUCUUCUAAACUUGUAUGUAAACUUGGGUUGCAUUAAAAAUGCUCGCUUUUUGCUUGAGGAUAUGCCUGACAGAGAUGUUGUUGCUUGGAACGCUUUGAUUUCUGGGUACUCAAAAAAUGGUUAUGAAUUUCUUGCAUUUAAUAUUUUCGUUGAAAUGGUUAGAGAGGGGUUUAGGCCUCAAGCUACGACGUUGGUUGGUUUGGUUCCGUCUUGUGGGACGCCUGAGUUAGUGUUUCAAGGGAAAUCUGUUCAUGGAUUUGGAGUUAAAGCAGGGUUAGAUCGGGAUGCUAAGGUGAAAAAUGUGCUUACUGCAAUGUAUGCAAAGUGUGGGAACUUGGAAGGGGCAGAAAAUUUGUUUGAAGAAAUGGUAGAAAAAAGUGUAGUUUCUUGGAAUACUAUGAUUGGUGCUUAUGGACAAAAUGGUUUGUUGGAUGAAGCGAUAGUUGUAUUCAAGAAAAUGAGAGAGCAUGCUGUGGAAGCAAAUUCAGUAACAAUUAUGAGCCUUCUAUCAGCUGAUGCUGACCAUGAGACUAUUCAUUGUUUUGCUAUUAAAACCGGUAUUGUCAACGAAGCUUCUGUAAUUACUUCUUUAGUUUGUGCAUAUGCGAAGUGUGGAGGUAGUGAAUCAGCCGAAUUGCUUCAAAAGUCAUUGCCUCAAGAAAAUUUGGUUUCCUUGACUGCAAUUAUCUCAAGCUAUGCUGAGAAAGGGAACGUGGAUAUGGUGGUAGCAUGUUUUGCUCAGAGUCAGCGACUAGAUAUGGAAUUGGAUGCAGUUGCAAUGGUUAGCAUUCUCCAUGGGGUUAAAAAUCGUGCUUACAUUGAUAUUGGACUUGCUUUUCAUGGUUAUGGAAUAAAGACUGGUCUAUGCAUAGAUUGUUUGGUAGCAAAUGGGCUGAUAAGUAUGUAUUCCAGGUUCAAUGACAUAGAAGCUGGAUACUCUUUGUUUUCUGAGAUGCAAGAAAAACCAUUAAUCAGUUGGAAUUCAAUAAUAUCUGGUUGUGUGCAGGCUGGAAGAGCAGGUGAUGCCAUGGAGUUAUUUUGUCAAUUGAAAAUGUAUGGACAUGUACCAGAUGCCAUCACCAUUGCUAGUCUGCUUUCUGGUUGUUCACAAUUGGCUUAUUUGCGGUUUGGUAAGAAGCUUCACAGUUUUGUCCUCAGGAAUAACCUAGAGGUGGAAGAUUUUAUUGGUACUGCUCUUAUAGAUAUGUAUAUCAAGUGUGGAAGCAUUGAUCUAGCAGAAAGAGUGUUCAGGAGCAUCAAACAACCAUGUUUAGCAACAUGGAAUACAAUGAUUACAGGUUAUGGUAUAUGUGGAUUUGAAAAUAAAGCGCUUACACAUUAUGCUGAAUUGCAAGAAAGAGGGCUAAAACCUGAUAAAAUCACAUUCUUAGCGGUUUUGGCUGCUUGUAUCCAUUGUGGUUGUGUUGAUAAAGGAAGAAGAUACUUCCAGAUUAUGACAGAAGAAUUUGGUAUAUCACCAAGUCUUCAACACUGUGCAAGCAUGGUUGCACUCCUUAGUAGCGCUGGCUUCUUUGAGGAAGCAUUGUUAUUUAUCAGGAAUAUGGAUUUCGACCCUGAUUCUGCUGUGUGGGGAGCUUUACUAAAUGCUUGUUGCAUCCGCCAAGAGGUCAGACUUGGGGAAUAUUUAGCCAAGAAAUUGUAUCUCUUGGAUUACAGAAAUGGUGGCCUUUAUGUGUUGAUGUCAAAUCUUUAUGCUUCCAAAGGGAUGUGGGAUGAUGUAGCAAAGGUGAGGCAAAUGAUGAAGGACACUGGAGGGGAUGGCUGUUCAGGAGCUAGCCUGAUUGAGUUGACUUCAUUUAAAUAAAUGGAUGCCAUGCCAGGCCACUCCAGUGUAUUUUCUUACUGACAAGACCCAAAGAAUUGGUCUGGGCCAGGAUUAGUUGCAACCCAAGUUCA